UCCAUGACGAUGACUAACCACGGAAAGGCAGUAUGACAUCACCAACCCUGCCUUUACUUGCCAGGAAUCAUUUGCUAGUUGUUGUUACUCACACAAAGGGAAGCUGCUUCGAGUACUGUAUAAUUUCAUCAAAGGAACAAAAACUACUAUAGAUCGCUCAGUUAUUUGCAAUCGCGGAGAAACCCAAAACAAUUGUGUCCGAGUUUCAGUCUGAAACGAUGUCUUUCAUCCCAGGACAACCAGUUACUGCUGUUGUGAUGCCCUUCUGCAUUCUUAAAGGAAGCUCCGUGCAUGAUGUGGGGGACUCGGCACUCAAUGUUACAUUCUAUCAACGAAUUGAAAUCUGCAAACUUCGCCAGGGUGAACAUUUGAUCCUGGGUUUCAGCAUUGGAGGGGGAAUAGACCAAGACCCUGGUCAGAACCCCUUCUCUGAAGACAAGUCCGACAAGGGCAUCUAUGUGACACGGGUGACACCAGGUGGACCAGCAGAAGUUGCGGGCUUGAUGAUGGGAGACAAAGUAAUGCAGGUAAAUGGAUGGGAUAUGACCAUGGUGACACACGACCAGGCACGCAAACGGCUGACGAAGAAGAAUGAAGACAUUGUGCGGCUACUGGUGACCAGGAAAUCGCUGGAGCAGGCUGUCAGACAUUCUAUGAUGUAAUGACUCCAACGCUAGUCCUUUAGUGCAGACAGAGUUUGCUAUCAGACGUGAGACAAUGCCAGUGACCAAGAGCAUAGUAUUUCAAAUCUUUUAUCACAUAUUGUAAGUUUGGGGUGAAUUCCACAUCAAUUCUGUCAAUUCAGGAGAUGUAAUGAAGUUGAAAAGUGCAAUUUAUUUCAUGAAGGAUUCCUGAGUUGAAUUGAAUAGCAAUUGAUUAUGGCUGUACUCACAUAUUCCCAAACAGGGUACACUCCAUUUAUACCAUGUCUCUACAAUUCAUCAGUAUGAUUCUAGUUAUUGGGAUCAUUAACACCUUUAACUAGCUGACUUGUGUAUUACUUUUUCGGUUAUUAGUACAUUUCAUGAUCUCAGUCAUGAUUUGAUUUACUCUACAUGUUAUAUCUAUGUUUUUGAGUCCAUGUCUGUACAAGCCAAAAGAAAACAUUUAAAAAAACUUUAGACUAAUAAAUGUAACUGUCAUGUGGUGUAACUUCUACAUACUUUGCAUGAGCAGUUUUGUAGUGGGGAUAGAGGUUGUUAUGCAAACAUAUGUGUACAAAGCACAUAUGGUAAUUUCCAGCAUUAAUCUGCAACACUAAUUUGUAUGUCUUCCAUAGAGGUGUCCUCUUUAUAUGUCAUCUGGAAAAUGUAUGAAUAUUCAUCAUCAGGCUUGGAUGAUAUAUUUUUGAAUCUUUAUUUUUGUAUCAUCCAUAUUGUGCAUCUACCAAAGUAACAAGCACAGCUGAACUGCAUACUUUAUAUUUCAUUUUACAAUAUUGUACUUCAUGUCUACCAAAUACUGUAAUAUUCAUUUGAGGAUUUUAGAUUUGUAUGUCGUGCAGGAAAACAGUUACUUCUCAACCAUCUGGAUAUAGUUAAUCUGGUGUUGCAUCCUUGACUUGAAAUCAAGAUUAGGGUAUAGUCAACCUUUUUAUAAGUGCCUUUUUUCUCACGUUUAAAUAGAGAAAGUGGCAUGUUGGAUUGUUUAUUAGGUCACUUGCUGGUUGAUCUUAGACAGCUAGUUGCACACUGGAAUAGGUUGGGCCAAGGUUGAUGGAUCUAAUGAAUUGAGAGAGAUGUUUGAUACACAACAGUCUUAAAUGAAACUCUAGUGUUUGUACCACUAAAUCGUGAUGGUGCGAAAUAGUGUUUUUUGUAUUCAAGCCCCUUUCCAUUGCUAUUGUUCAAUGAUAUGUACGCUUUAUCACUGCCUCAGCCGUACAAUAAACAGCAAGGCCUCACUGA